CUUUGGUUGCCUUUACACUACUCCACGCCUGCCUUUGAGUUUGAGCUUGUGUUAAGCUUCUUUUUUUUUUUGGUUUUUUGUCUUUAGCUUGUUUGCUUCUUCUUCUCUCCCUCCAUCUACUCUUAAUCUUUAUUUCAAAGCUUAUUUUUCUUCCUUAGAUUGUAAAAUCUUGAUAUCAACCAAAACAAUAAUGGAAAUGAAAUUGCUCGUUACCUCGGCUUUUACUCAAAUGUUCGGCUACUCAAACCAUAUGGAUCAAACAAGCAACAACUGCCAAAGCAACCGCAACAAAAUCAUAAAGAUGAUGAAGAAAGAAGAAUUCCCAAGUGGAUUCCAAGUUCCUCUUCACUACCCUAAGUACUCCAAGUCAGACUAUGAAGCGAUGGAUGAUCUCAGCCUCGACUUGCUCCUCAAACAAUACGGAUUCUCCUUCGAAGGAUCUCUUGAAGACAAGAGGGUUUUUGCAAUUGAAUCAUUUCUCUGGCCUGAUCAGCUUUAAGGUUUAUGUUGGUGUUGGAUGAUCUCAUGUCUCUCUCUUUCUCUCUCUACCGACCUCUUAUCAAUAUGAGUCUACAAUUAUAAUUAUGUAUAUCGAUCAUCACCUAGUAAUCCAGUUUGUGUGUUAUAUUUAACUGUGUUUGAGGAAGUUUUGAAGUAUGCAAUUUAUACAUAUAUAUAUAUAUAUACUAUGUAUCAUCAUGAGUUCAUUAGCAAAAUCUUUGAUGUAUAAUGUAUUAUUAUUAACAUUAAAAAUUGUGAUCAGUCGACUUA